AUGGCGGCUGCGGCGGCAAUAAACGGAGCCAAGCGCAACUUGCGGGCCGAGAUGAAGCAGCGGCUAGGGGCACUCAGCGCCGAGGAACGGCUCCGCCAGUUCCGUCUGCUGACAGAGAAGGUCAUUGCUCACAGUAAAUACGAGUCUCAGAGAAUUUCAAUCUUUCUGAGCAUGCAGGAUGAAAUUGAGACUGUAGAAAUUAUCAAGGAUAUUUUUCAACGUGGCAAAACAUGUUUUAUCCCUCGAUACAAAUUUAAGAGCAACUACAUGGAUAUGGUCAAGUUAUUUUCAGCAGAAGAAAUUGUUUCUCUUCCCAAAACUUCCUGGAACAUUCAUCAGCCAAGAGACGAUGAAGUGAGGGAGGAGGCUUUGUCAACAGGGGGUCUGGAUCUCAUCUUCAUGCCGGGUCUUGGAUUUGACAAACAGGGCAACCGCCUGGGAAGGGGAAAGGGAUACUAUGACACCUACCUGAAGCAGUGCAUGCAGCACCAAGGAAGAAAGCCUUACACGAUUGCUUUGGCUUUCAAAGAGCAGAUCUGUGGUUCAGUGCCAGUCGGAGAAAAUGAUGUGAAAAUAGAUGAAGUGCUCUAUGAAGACAAAUGAACUUUGUGGUUCCUAGUGACAAUUCUGUGGAAUGAUCUGGGUUUUGUACUUGAAUAACAUCAAAUGCAUUUCUUUUCUGCUAUCCAAAAUUCAUUUGCAACUGUACCCUUG